AUGGCUAGUAAUCCGUUGAUCCGGGUUUUUUUACUUCAGAUGUUUAACAAUUGGAUACAUGUAACAGAAACAGAAAAAAUUACAGAACAACCACAAAACAUCGAAAAUGAAGCAUUACAUACAGAACAACAAUUAGCUACAACUAUCAAAUUAAAUAACGAAAACGCCAAUGUCAUGCGAACUAAAGCCAAGGAAAAUCUUGAAAAUCAAGCAAAAAAAAUGAUGGCGUGGUCGGAUAAGAAGCUAUUACCGGUGGCAAUUCAUUCAACUGUACGUGUUCCAGUUCCUGAGGUAGAUAAAGGACGUUUAGAUGCAAGAAGUAUACUGGCAAUUGUUUUAGAAGUGACAAGUGAUGGUUUUUAUCGAUUAGGAACUCGGGAUGGAGUUCUGAAGCAGUUAUAUGCCAGAAGUCAGUUUACAGUAUGUCAGAAAAAGCUACUACAAAUUGACGAGGUUCCAAUAGAGACAGAAGUGGCAUUACGAACAGUCGCAAAGGAACAGUCCACAGGAACUGGCCAAGGAUUUUUUAAAUGUAUUUGUAAGACCAAGUGCCAAAAUAAAAAGUGCAUUUGCCUUAAAAAUAAUGUUUUGUGCACUUCAAAAUGUCAUUUUUCUACAACAUGUUGUAAUAAGUAG